AUGCAUGCACUAAAAGUGUAUUAUUGAAUUUCCGGUGUUUAACAUGUUAAAUAAAAAUGUAGCUUACAGUACACAUAUACCAUGAUCAAGACAAUCAUGAUUGUUUGACGAACUUUGUGCAUUGCCGUGGCUAGGUCUAGGGAUUGUGCCGUGGGAGUCUUUAGUAGUGUGCACAUUUAUGUAAUUUACACUGUAAACAAUGCACACCCCAAGUACAUGUUUUUGUACUAUAUGUAUUUUUGAGGAUAUGGUGUACUUUAUUUCACCUAGAUUUUGGCAUGUUUGGGACUGAAAACGUGGGAUUAGAGAAUUUGCCAAGUCCAAUACAGGAAAUUAAUGCCUGCCCAGCCACAUAUGCAUACAUUUGUAAUUACAUGUAUAGACAUAUCUUUGGGAUGUUUAUGAAUGUACAUACCGGUAUCUAGUACAUGUGAAAUGCCUUGAAGUUAAAGUUUUGCUUAAAUAUUUCAGAAUCCAGGUUCGUGUACAUGUAUAUACAUGACAUAUGAUGAUGUAUACAAAGUGUGGUUUUUAUGCAUUAUCAUGUGCAUGUGUAAUCAUGAUGGUGACGUGUCAUGGUCAUUAUAUUAAUUAAAGGAAAAAAUGUCCAUCUUUAAGGGAAUACAAAGUUAGAAUUGAUCUAAAUAUUUACCAGAAUUUCCGGGGAGUCAAUUUAGGAAUAUUCGUAAAUACGGUAAGACAAUUUAGCCAUUGCGAUUGGUGAGAGACCAGCACAUGCACAUCUUAAACAGUUGAAAAGGAACCAGUUGACGUGGCACCUCACACAGUACGCCUCACAUGCGUGUGCCCAUUUCCUCAACAUUUGUAUUAUGACCAAACAUACUGUAGCAAGGCUUCAUGUACAGGUACAUGUAUAAUAGGGAGGGUUUUUUUUUUUAAUAAAGUAAAAUAGUUCCUCAAAAUCAUUGAACAUUUGUAAAGUUUAAAUUUAUUUUGCUUUUCUGACUCAAAAGGUACUCGUACAUGUACGUAUGUAAAUGGAAUAAAUACAUGUGUUUGGCCAUAGAGACACUUAUGCACAACUCAAGAGAUACAUGUACAGCACUGUCCCUAAAUUCAGAGAAGUCCCUUUAUUUGGAGACAAAACCAGUUCCCUGAAAGAGAGAAUGUCUCCUGAAAAGGGGACAUUUCUCCCUAAGUGGGCUUGGGUAAAAAAUAUCCACAUGCUACAUGUACAUGUACUAUCAGUUUUUUCCCCAUGUUAUCCAUUCGCAUGCAGGUAAGUUAUUUAUGUUGUUAUGAACUUUGUGCCAUGUGACUUAAUUACAUGUACAUGUAGGUAAAGAAUUAAUAUUUUAAAGAUUGUUCUGAUACAGUCUUUUUCCUAUAUACAGUAUAUCCUUCAUGCCCCAUUGCAGACUCCUGCUUGUAAUCCUAGAAGCGAACUGUAGAAAGUUUUUGUAAAUGGCAGCCGUGGGUGUUUUUUCUGCUGAAUCCAGUGGUACUAAAAAGAUAGCAAAGGUACGGUCACCAAGUCCACUUGAAAAAAAAAAUGUCCCCAUUUAGAGGGACAUUCUCUCUUUUGGAGGACUAAUUUUGUCUCCGAAUAAAGGGACUUCCCUGAGAUUUUGAUGUGGGCCUAUACUGUUGGCUGGUCUAUAGUGUUCAAUUAAGACCGGCUUAGGAGAAUGGACAACUAAUGACUUUGCUUUCAGCUUGGGUAUUAGUUGUAUAUUUUGCCCUCCUGCAUCGGAAAUUUGGUUCUGGAUCCCCCCUUGACUCUGUCUUUCCUUUACAUAAAUUUGCUCGUAAAGCUGAGGCAGAAACAUGUUCACAUGUGGUGAAUCUGGUCAUAGUCUCGCAAACACGCCUCCCCAUGCAUGACACUAUAGUGCCAUUGCACCUGAAACAUACACUUUUAGAUUGAUAGUAUCAGUGAGGGCUACUAGUGCUUGAGACUGAUGGUACUAAAAAUUUCUCCCUUCCAAAAAGCUUUCAAUGGGAUUACUUUCGUUGGGAAUUUAUAGAAAAAUAAAAGAUUUUUGUGAACGCUCAAUUGUAUCUUAAAGGUUCAACAUUGUCUAAAUUUUGCACCAGCUCCCUGCAGCUUUAUCUGUUUGGUUUAAGAGUAUCUAUUAAUUUAAAGUGUGUUUCUGCAAAAUACAUGUUGUUGAAAUAUUGCGAUAGUGAUGUUGAAGUGCAAUCAGAUUUUGAGUUUUUGCACAGCCUGAUGUGUGCAAUGAACAAAGGAAAUUUCAGACAAACUGCACCGAUUCAGGGAAGUCUGCUGUACACGUAUAUCGCUGGGUACUGUGCUUGUUGCAUAUGUGGCAUGAGUAUGGAGCUUAUCAGCCAUUGUUCUCUUUGUGAAUUCUACAAUCAUCAAAUGAAUGCAUGCAUAACAGCACAGAUCAAAGGCUGUGGGCUGCCAAGUUCUUUGUGGUCAAAUUAGCUUCAUUGUCUUGUUACAUGUACAUGUAGAAGCCAUUCAGAUUACUUUGUGUGCAUACUGUCAUGCUGCAAAGUAUUCUCAGACUUGCAUAUGCAGUUGCAUUGCCUGCAGGAAACCUUUGACCUUUCAAGGGUAUAGGGGCUACACUAUGCACUAACAUUGUAGCUUGUGGAUUUUAUCAUCACCUACUGUCUGUUAAUACUCAAGUUUUUCUGAGGCUUAUCCAGAAUUGGCAGCAUGGAGGACACUGCCACAGAUUUCCAGGAUCUUCUGGCUGCUUUUGACAUCCCGGACAUGAGGGUCAAGAUCAGUGAAGUCCGCUCCUUGGCUCCCGAUGUGACCUCUACCACCAACAUGUUCCCAAAGACGGUAACCACCAGUGCUUCAGCCUCCACUCCCACAGUGAAACAAGAGCCGGAGUCUGUGGGGGACGACUGCCAGUCUUCUUGGAAGGGAGCCUGCUUAGCUGAGAGCAGGGACCCAGUGGUGGAAGGGUCCUCAACGCUUCCACCUCCAGUUUCCCAUGUGGCAGACCUGCCGUUAGAAACUCCAGCUACUGUUACAGCUCAGGAGAUCAGUGCCCAGCAGAAAGAGCCUACCAUGAACGGGGACAGCAUGAGCAGUUUUGCUGAGCCGCAGCAGGGGACACCGUCAGUAGCCCAGCAUGCCAAAGUUGUCUCGUCUACACUCAUCGCAAACUCCUGGGCAAAUUCGGUUUCUGGGAGCAAAAACUUGCUGGUGAGCAUCGCGCCCAAGCCAGGAAGAGCAGACAAGCUAUCAGGAGCAUCAGUCUCCCAGUCAAGGUGUGCCAGGCUGAUGUCAGUGGCAGCCAGUACUCAGGCAAGUGGCGUUAUCACAACUCCCAUUACGGCAUGCAUAAGUAUGGGUUUGGUGAACAACAAGCACACCAAUGCUCCACCAUUGGUGAUUGGUAACCAUGUUCAACCUGCAGUCAAGGGAAAAACAUCCACAAUAAUUGUGGACGUUUCUAGCGUCAAACAAGCACAACUGAACCCUUCAAAGACCAUCACGGGCUACCAGAUAUUGCAGGUCUCCUCUGCGGAUCUGCUGAAGCGUGUGAACCCAAUCCCGAGGUUUGUCCCCAUUUUUAACCAACUGAGGGUAGCACUCGGUGGAAACAACUCCAAGCUCGGUAAGAUGAGAUACCCAUGCGAGGAGUGUGGGGACAUCUUCCUGGUCCAGUCCAGUCUGAAGUUGCACAUGGAACGUCGCAGUGUGCACAUCGCUUUCAACUGCCCCUUUUGCGUGAACAAUCAGAGCCUGACUUUCUACAACAAGUGUAGCUUUCAUGCUCACCUGCGUCAGCACAGUAAGCAGGGGAAGCUGAAGAUCAAUUUUGCCAGCCAGGCCUACAGCAAUGCCACAGUUUCCUCUCUGGCAUUCCCCAAGACCUCCACUCAGGAUAAAGUUGUGGUAUCAGAUGUGGUCAAGGUCCCCAGUAGUAGUGAGGUACAUGUUACAAAAAGCAGUGCCCCUAGUCCGACCUCCUCGACCAAGGAAACAGAAGAUUUGAGAUCUACCGGUACGCAGCUAACGAGUAAAGCAAGUACCGGUAGUACCACAAUCGUUAUAAGGCCUGUCGUGACGGAAGGUGUAAAUUCGUGCCCGAUAUGCCUGAUAAGGUUCACAUCUGAGUCGGCCCUGCAAUCCCACAUGCAACGCUACCUGCCCAACCAGGAUGUCACCUGCGAUGCCUGCAAGAUGACCCUGCCAAAUAGAUGCCAGCUGAGGAUGCACAGUGUCAUGCACAGCGGCGUGACCAGCAAGUGGAUGUGCCCCGAGUGCGCGAGACCAAUUUCUGACCUGAAAGCCUUCUACUGCCACAUAUCCAACACCUGCAUGCACUGGUACCGCCAGAUGCGUGUGCAGUGCAAGCUUUGCUCCCGAAUGGUCAGCGACUACGUCCAGCACUUAGACAAGGGGCACGAGAUGCUUUUCUACCGUUGCGUGUCCUGCUCCAUGGCAUUCAAGACCCUGCCAGCUCUGAAAGAGCACAGUGAACGCAGACACAACAUCCAGCCCGGCUCCCCUCUGUGCCGAAUCAUCUCCAAGUGCCCUUUCUGCGAGACGGUCUUUAUGCAGAAGCCACUACUCAUAGCGCACAUUAAGAUGCACAUCCAACAGGAGGGGAUGGUCAAGAGCAAGGCCUGGGUCUACUGUUGUCCAAAGUGCUCCACCACCUUCAGCCACCUGAUCAAUUUCAAGAAGCACCUGGUCACGUCCCAUCCAACCUUGAAGCAUUUCCACUGUGACCUGUGCCGGCGCAACUUUCCAAGUUAUGAACAGCUGACGUGGCACUUUGAGACCGGUCAAAAAAGUGGGACGCAAGUAGUCUGCUUAGCAGCAAAACUCCGCAAUUUCAAGAAGGGUCAAGAUUCCAUGAAAAGUGGUGAAGGCAUCACAAGCAAACCAUCAGACACAUCGAAAGCAUUGAAAUUGCCAGACACUGGAAAGAAGGAGGAGCAACCUGUUGGGAAACUCUACGUCAAGAAAACCCACAGUUGUCCAGGCUGCAGAAAAAGUGGCAAAGUAAUGUACUUUUUCAAAGAGGAAGAUCUCAAGACCCACAUGGGCCAGGCCCACCCUGAAAUGAAACUGUCCUCUCUGAAGCCUGAUGAAUGUAUAAAGUAUGUGACCAUCAGACCCAAAGAGGACUCCAGCAAAGGGUCAGAUGACAAGUCAAGUCCAGGAGGAACUGCAGAGAAUUCGAAGAAGCGGAAAAAUAGUGAGGAGACGCGGGAUGGAACUCCAGCGGCCAAGAAGCCUAAGUUCGUCCUCCCGAGCGAAUUCACUUGCGCCAAAACCCAGUGCCUCUACCAGUCCAAAGACCGGGCAGACUUCAAAGCCCACAUACAGAGUCACUGUCAGGAUCCGUCACUCCCCCAGUGUGAGGAGUGUGGGGCGUGCUUCCGCAUUGAGCUAGCUCUCAAGAGGCAUCUCUUCAUCCAGCAUGGCAUCAGGGAGUUUGAUGUCUACAUAAGGAUGCUCAGAGGAGUAAGCCCAUCCCCUCCACCAGAGGAAACCAACCCAAGUCCCAACCCAGCUCAGGAGAUUUCCGAACAAGUCUCUCCCCCAACAUCAUCAGCUGGGGUUGCGGACAAAUCUACUGUGCUGGAAUGCCAGGUUUGCUACAAGACAUUUCAGAAUGAAGGUAACCUGCGUACCCAUAUGCGAAACCAUGGUAUGGCAUUCAUUCGCUCAAAACGCUCUGCUAGCAGUGAUUAAAUGAACAAAAACAAAAAAAUUUCAACAGGUUUUAGAGUUUUAGUGGGAUUAGAAUGCAAACAUUUUGUGUAAAACAACCUUUUUGAGAUUCACAUUGCAUUGUGGGAUUGUAUGACAAACAAGCUUUGCAUGGUUUGCACAAACCUGAAACUAAGCUGUACAUACCAAAGAUCUCAUAAGCAGCGCAUAGUGGCGCAAGAUGGAGAACUCUGCCAAAAUGGUGUAAUCACCAUGGGCGCCAUUCGAAUGUGCAUGUUAAUGCAUAGGCGCAGACACACCAGGUGUGUGUGCCUGUCGCAGCACCUGCGCCUGUUGCAUUAACAUGUAUUGCGCAAGCGUAUUGCUGCCCAAAUUGCAUACAUGCGAUUACAACGUUUCACAAUUAUUCACGGUGAAGUUCUCAAUCAUUUGCAGCUAUGUGGCACUGUAGAUCUAUGGUACAGUCAAACACGCUUAAUACAUGUACAAGCUCGAAGGGACUCUCCAAGAAACCUUGUCUUACGGUAAAACUUGUGUUUUACGUGUUGACACUUAUCCCAUUCAUAGAGCGCAAGUCUGGCGUCAUGCACCAGCGGGCAUUGUUAUACCUACGGCAAUGUACUACAGGCCUACAUGUACAAGUACUGUGCGAUAAAGUAUAUGCAGUAGAUUAGUAUUCAAAGUACAGCCUUUAACUUGUCAAUAAAUUUUAAAUCAUAUUCGAAUGAAUAAAACAAUGAUUUCAAAUACGCCUACUUGUUUGGCGCAACAGCAGAGAACACAGGUUGUAAGUGGCCAGCCGCCCUGUGCCGCGCGCACGCGGCGUGGCCCAGCAAAGCACUCCUUAGAAACUGGUACCCGACAUUGCACGUGAGUAAAGGUUUAAUUAACUUGAUAACCAGUUCAUAUAAUGACCGGACGUAAGAGGGCGUUGAAAUUGGGGAAUUUCCAUUGGUUUGUAAUUGGCGAGAGGGGAUCUAUUUUCAAAUCAGGUUGACCCAUAAUUGUUCGGCUUAAAAAAAAAACCUUUUAGGACCAGAACUGCUGUGAUCAAAACUCCUUUGAUGCUGCGACAUCGCAACACCUACAUGUAUUAUCGUCUAGAAUAAAGCCCCCUCUAGCAGCACAAGGAACAGUCACCGUUGGUAAAACCGUUGUGAAAAUUGCCGAGCGGAUUAGCAUUUUUGGAGAACUUCUGAUGCAGUUCCAUCAGGAAUUACUUACUGGAAUUACUAGGAUUAAGCUUUUGACAAUGCUUUUCAAUUGUACUCGUAUUAAAAAUGCCAUGGACAAUGGUUUUUGACACUGCUGGUUAGGCAAAAGUGCUUGUCGUGUCUGUGUUCUCGUCUUAGCAUAGCUUGUAUUAAGUAAGUUUUCAAUCAUAGUAAUGUGUACAUUUUGAACAGGACUGAAGAAAUAUGCUCGUCUUAAGCACGAUCUCAUCCCAAGCGUGCUCGUGUUAAUCGUGUUUGACUGUAUAUGCUUGUGAAAUGUUAAUCAAUUCUGAAUAUCUGUUUUUGAAGAGUCAGAAUCAAGAUCGUGUCUUUUCACAUAGCAGGACUUCAAAUUAAAUUUGGGAAUAAGGUUAUUCAAAAACAUUAAAUUUUAAAGCAACAUGUAAUUGGUUAGUGAAAAGUUGGGGAAUCCCCUGUAUUGACACCAGGUUCUACAUGUAUGUUGGACUAUAACCAUUGGUGUCAGUAUACAGGUACAUGUAAUACACAAAUAUGUUUUUGAGUGCAGUGGAAAUAAUUUCUUGAGGUGACAGAUGAAAUGUUUGACUCCAUGAAGCGGAGCUGAGUGGAAUGGAACAUUUAAUCUGCCCCUGAAUGAAUUAUUCUUACCACUGCAUGAAUGAGAAACAUUAUUUGUUUACAAUACCGGCACAAAUCUUCAUCUACAUAUAUUAGAAGAACAGACAGGUCCCAAGUGCUCGUAUCUAACAGCCGUUUUAUUGCCAAACAGAUUUGUGUCCAAAGUGCUACGUACAUGUAGUUCCGUGCAGUGUUCUAAAAAGACGGGUUUCCAUCCCAACAUUAUUUUCGCCUCAGUGGAAAUGAGAUACAAUGGGUGUUGAACCAGUCAAGUGAAAUUAAGGACCUGUUUGUUUCACAUGGAUCUUGAUCAAUGAUCUCAAGGCUGUUACAUGUACAUGUAUGUGUGUAUCUACAUUAGGCGGAUUCUGGUGUCAACAUCAUAUCGCUGAUGGGGGUCCAAAUCUGCACGAACCAAACGGGCCCAAAAUUCUAUUGAAGGGGUACCACUGAAUAGAAUGAAUAAUUUAAUGACAUUUGAUCAACAAUCCACCAAUCAGAUGAUGAGGAUUUAUGCAAGCAAAUGUUGACCAAUCAGAAUUUGAAGCUCACUCAUCCCACAUUGACCUAUUACAGUGUAUUACAGCCUAGUGACAGAUCCUAGUGACAGAUGUCACUGCAACCAGCGUGAUGUGGUUAAUCAGUAUUUGUGGCGUUUGGCUUUCUAAAGUUGAAAGUUUCUGGUAACAAUUAUACAUUAUAUUAUAGAUCAGAAAAAUUCUGAACCAAAGUCAAUUUUUGACUCUCUUCCCACAGGGGUGUGAGUGAAAUCCAUGGUUCAUUUGUCAUCCAGUCCCUCUGAAACGAAAAUGUCAAAAUAGUUGAUUUCAACAAGCUACAGUAGUUUAUAAAACAUUUGCAAAUGUGCUGUUUUCUUUUAACGUACUGGUACAUGUUCUGUACAUAACAUGUACGAGUUGAAGCAGUGAUAGGACUCUAUGAAAUCAGCCCAAACUUUAUUCCAACCUACAUGUAUAAAACUGCAGGAGCACUUUCACUUGCCCAGAAGGGCCAAGCAUUGUUCAUUAUUUUACCCUAGAGUAUUGCUUGAUGCACAGGUACAUGUGUACCUGGACAUCACGCAGGGUCAAUGACUUUAGGGAGGAGAAAUGUUUGCAUUCUGUGCACACAGUUUGUUUUGGGAACGGUGCAUAAUACUAGCCCCAGUUAUGGACUGUGCUGUGCUUCAUCUAUCAAUGUUGUUUCCAAUAGUAUGUUUUUCUGGUAUACUCUAGAGGCCUAUUGAUAUUGGUCUCUGUGGGUCAGAGAUCAAAAGUCAAGGUCAUUAGUAUUUUAAAAAGAAAGGGAGAUCAUUUUCCCCAUUGAGACAGUUUCUGUCAUGGGCUAAGGUUUGGUGUGGACCUUCUCCAGGAAAUAUGCAAAUUAGACAGGUGCAUAUGGGCUACUACCACCAGUUGGCAAGCGCAGCCAUUAAGACUGUCCGCAAUGUACAUGUAAGAGAGCUGCUGUAACCAUUACCUGGCACGUUGAAGGUCAAUCAAAAUCUUAUUACAGCAUCUCUCCGAUACUUCAGCACACUUUUUUUGAAACUAUGGUACAUGUGUACAUGUAAAUUACAUGUACAGUAAGUUGCCAGUGUCCUGACAUCUGAAAGUAACAAUUCUUGUCUUUACAUUUAGUACUCAAGUUAAGCUACCGGUAUACUAGUACAGAAAUGGCGUGUGUAAAUGUGCUAAUACUUCCAUGCACAUGGAGAUUUGUACUGUGUAUUUGUUAUGUCAUUGAUUUAAGCAACUUUACCAACCAGUGGUACUGGUAGUAAUGCACAUGCGCCUGCCUUUUUGUGCGUAUUUUAUGGGAAAGGUCCCUUUAUGGGGUAUUUGUGUUGAUCACGUCAAUCUUGUUUUGGGAAUUUUUACUAAUGAGUUUUAGUUCACCUGCAAAGCAUUCUUAUGAAAUACAUGUAGUCUAGGAAACAGUUUUGAUUCCUGUGAGCAGAUCUUUAUAACUUGAUACAUGUAUACAUGUACAUGUAUGGAAAAACAUAAUCUUUGUUACAAUAUUGGAAGCAAGAUUUUGAAUGAAUUACCUCCAAGGCCUGAUCUUUUAAGCAGAUAACCGUUUUGAAAGACAGAACAGGUUUUUUUCACGUUUUUCCUUUUUUUUUAUUUCAAAUGUUUUUGUGUGUGGUUUUGGUUAAUGUCCCUGUGUCAGAGAAGAAGACAUGGAAACUUGAAUGGAAUUCAGAGAAUAGGAGGAACUGGUAUACAUCUGUAUUAGCAAUUCAACAUCUACAUUGUACAUGUACAUGUCCCAGUACAUGAAUCUACCAUACAUGUAGUUCUUGCAGACUCUGGCAUACUGAUGAGUGUAUGAUUGUAUGUACAUGUACAGUUCAUGUACCAGUACAUGUAAAUGUAUUUGUGCACAUUUUAUGAUUAAUUAUGGAAGACGUGGCCCUUUGACCUCCAGAUUUCAACCCCUUAGAUUGUGACCCACUGACAGCAGAAGUGGGAGGGCCAGGGGGACCGGUGCCCCUCUCCCACACACAUUUUUGCAGGUCCAGUAAUUGGGUGGGGCUUAGUGGAUCGAGCUUUUAAUGGCUGAUGCCAGAUGGUCUAACAACUGCCCCCCCCCCCACUUUAAAAAUCAUUCCAUUGUAACCUACACGUAUAUAUAUAUACAUGUACAUGUAUAUGAGCAUGGAAUUUUGGCAGUGGCAAGCUUGAUUAUGUGAAGUAAAACAUGACACACACAUUCAGAUUCAAAUGUCCAUCCCUGGUCCCCGUGCACUCGCCAUACCGUGCAAAAUGGUGAGGCCUACACGUACGUAUUCAUGUAGUGGGGCUGAAGUCUGGUUGUAUUAAUGUCUGUGUAAUAGCCAUCCAAAACAUUUAUGUCUGUAUGUCCAUGUAUUUGUUUGUAUGUCCAUGUAUUUCCCACUGAGGUCUGAAACCUUUUUGGAUGGGCAAGGCCCAAACACGGUCCGCUGAUAUCAUCAGCUGACCCCUGCCUACCCAUCAAUGGCCUUUUGCAGAGGUCGUCACCAUGUUCAUGAAGAGAUUACUUUGGCCAGCACUUGCCAACUUUCCAAAUUCCAGUGUUUCAACCAAAUCAACAACACUAUCUGAUGCCAAUGUCUUGGUGAAAUCAUUCUGACCAAUUAAGCAUUCUAUCAUUGCAUAAGUUACAUGUACUAAGGGUCAUUUUGUUUCACAGCCACAGACCCCCUUGAACAAGGGAUGACUCUCAUGAGAUCGGGGGGGGGGGACUACAUAUCACAUGUACAUGUUUCUAACACUUCUGGGGAAAGCUACAUGUACUGUAUGGGAACACAACUGUACAGUUGCCAGCCAUUCCAGAGGUGUCUCAUCCAGGCCAAAUUUGUCCUUGCUAAAAGGUUGUACACGUAUGCCAGAGGAGUGACAGGCCUCUUUGAAUGUACAUGUACAUCGGUCCAAAUGCCACUAUGUAUUGGACACCUGGUUUUCUUGUCAAUAAUGGCCGCAGUCGUGUGUAAUAGCAGACAGAAAACCAACCAGAAUUAACAAAAAUGGCAAAAUCAGGGACCUAGCGACUUGCAAUCACAGAGGGUAGACCACGAAACAAAGCAGGAUAGAUGCACGCGCAUGUACAGACUUACAGUGUAAUAUACACCUGUACAUACCAGGAAAGACUUCUCAGAGAAACUACAUGUAUUGCUAAUCGACACUACACCGUGUUAAAAAAUACCUCUAUGCUCCAUCCUGGAGAUUGUUUUAAUGCAUGUACAUGUAUGUACAGUGUACAGUAAGUUACUCAUUGCAUUUUGUAUUCAGAUCUUGAUGUUUGGUCGUUGUACAGUAUCGUUACCGUACAGGUAAUCCUGAGCAUUACUUUAUUUUCUUAGAUUUGUACAUUUACGAGAAGACUCAUAUGUAGAUGUUAAUAAUGGUUCCACAUUUUGUGAUUACACGUAUGUGUCUUGUUACAUCAUUACAUGAAUUUUUCAAUUUGAAAUUGCAUUUAUAUUGGGAUCAACUAAUUUUGGGGAGACUUUUUGGGUAUGUUGUUUUUCAUUCAGUAUAGUAGAAACUAAAGUGAAGUUUACAACGGUACUUAAAAGUAAUGUAAAAUUUAACAAAUCAGCUUGUAAUUGAGGAAUAUUGAAUUUCUGGCGAGGAUACAUGUAUGUACAUGUGUUUUUCCUUGUAAGCAAAUAGUCUUGAAACCAAACAUUAAGUUGAGGCUACACAUGUACAUGUAUGUUUGAAUGAAGAAUACUGUAGUAGUUGAUCAUUACCGGUAAAUGUGCAUGUACUUCAAAAUAAACAUCACAUACAGUCCAAGAUACAUGUAUGUAUUCAAACAAAAACCACAACUGUGUAGCAUGGGUGCAUACUGUACAUGUACAUGUAGUAACCACAUCACAGUACAAGUAUAGCCGGAUUCCAAUCUAAAAUCUCAGAUUUUUAUGUACAUGUAAUGCUCAUCCUGACAUUGCUCCAUAGACUUAUGCACACUGUUAAACUGCCCAUGGUUCUUAUGUUUAGAUGGACACCAUCAAAAUCCUGGUGCCUAAAUGUUAAUUUCCAAAAGGCGCUGUCAGACUGUAGGUACAUUUUUUUUUGUAUUUACAUGUACUGGUAUUGUACAUGUAAAUUUUGGAUUAUUGUUACUCGCCAUCCUACAUGUAUCUCAAUGGGAUAAAGUCGUAUCUGUAACCUGCUCCACAUCUUACCAGAUGGAGUUGAGUUGACUGUAUAUGCUGGCAGUAUCUUCAUAAAUGUACACCCCUGUAUUGUAUUGUAUUGUAUUGUAUUGUAUUGUACAUGUAUGUUCUCCCCAGAGUGAACCGUAAAGAUGAGUAUUGCAUGAUGACGGUUUAUUCCAGUUUUGAUACACUUACAAAAAGGAAUCAGUUUUCCUCGGUAGCAUGGAACUUGUUGCAGCUUAAAAAUACUUUUCGUAACUUUUUAAUCUACAUGUAGUAUUUUAUGUUACAUGUACCGGUAUAUGUACAAGUAUUAUAUGUCAAUUUCAAUGAAAUAAUUUGUUUUCAAUUUCAGCAAUCACAAUGGAAAUGAAUGUUGAAUAAACUCAUAAGAAACUGUGGACCCUACAAAUCUGUCUAGUUGCUCUCCUUUUCAGUGGUAAAUGUGAGGAAACCUUUUACUCUCUCUUUCUCUCCCAGCAUAUGCAUAGGCUUGCAAAUGCUUUACUUUGGAACACA